CAAGCUGCAGUACCGGUGUAAAACACAGGUGCACUGCAUCGCACACGCAGGCUGCUGUGUGACCUUGGCACUGGCAUGCCAGGGUUUAGGUGCUGGGGACAGCCCUGGAUCUUGUGCGGAGUCUGAUCCCUGGGAAAGGGACUGGGCUCCCCCAGCCUGGCGUUUGGCUGGAUUUUCCCCUGUGCUGUUUUGCGGGGAGGAAGGCUCGCUGUCUGCUCCCUUGCAGCUUUGGGAGGGAGAUGUGCUCUCCCAGGGCUCCGUCCUUGGUCCUGUUAUCUUCCCGGGCCGCGUUAUCUCUACGUAAGCCCAUCUGCAAGCAGGAACGCAAAUGCUGUCUCGUGCCGACGACACGGCUGCUCUGCAUCUUUGCUUCUGGCUGAGGCUGCGAUAGCAGAGGGCACGCGUCCUUGCGGCCCUGCUCAGGCAGGUUGGCCUCUAGUCCCUGCCUUGGCCAGGUAUCUCACCCGCUGCUGCCCCGUCCUGCACCUGGGGCUCUUCCUGGCAGCGCCGCAGCAGCGGCUGCAGUGUUAGCCUGUGUGGCACAGCAGGGUGUGGUGCCAAGACCUCGCCGCCUCCUUCUGAAGUUAUCAGGCAUUACCCAGAGGUCCUUGGUUGAGGGUCUGGAGAGGACAGGGAACUGGGAAAAUGAGGAAACAGUAGCAACAGAGCUGUUUUGGUCCUGAAUCAUGAGUACAGGCGAUGAGGCUUACAGCACAGAUGUCUAGUUAAGGCACUGGCAGUGACAGCCGGAUGCAUCCCUGUUGCUGAGUCCUGCACAUUUGUUAUAAAUUUCGUAACAUUUGGGGCUUAUCUAAAGAGCCAACAGCUGGAGUCAGAAGAGCAUGUGACAGUCCAUGGGGUGUGGGAGGGAAACCUGCUUCUCCCCUCCCUGCCAUGUGUAAGAGAGGCACAGUAUCAAACAAAUCCUGGGAAUUUUGGGGGUUUUACUAAUUCAUCUUUCCCAAUCCCAUAACUUCUAAGUGCAUGAGGUGUGAAUUUGUAAUCUGGUGGCAUCUACAGUAAUUGAAAGGGUCUCAGAAGCAAGGAUCGAAAGUGGCAUUGUACUGUGUAGGGCUUUGUGCAGUGUAGUGGGCUGGUCCAGAGCUCUCCCAAAAAGCAGGGAAGAAAGGUCCUGUGUGCUGUCUUCUGACCUGUAGCUCCGCUGUGUCCCUGCCCGCCCCUCUCUGCACAUUUGGAGGUGCUGGGGUUGUUGCUGUGUGUCCAGUUGCUGUUCACAACGCAGCUCUGGCAGAGCACAAACCUGUUGGGUGUCCGUGUGUGCCGCAGGGAGCGUGCAGCCUCCCGUGGGCCUCGUGGAGACCGCAGCAUGCUCCGGCAGCCAGAGAGCGCUGCUGGUGAUGGGAGCCCACAGUGAUGAUUUGCAAAGCGUUUACCUGGUUCCCCCUGCUGCUUGCCAGUGCCUCUCCCUUGAGGAGGACGACCUGAACUUAACAUCGCUGGAUGCAGAAACCAUCUUGGAGGCCGAAGAGAUCCUAGGGACAAUGCAGAACUACCUCGACUCCUCUGUGAUCUCCAUCAUCGAGGACCUCUCCCUCAAUGAGCAGAACAAGGCCUGCCUGGAUGCGCAGAAUGAGCUGUCCCUGUUGACUGCCAUCACGGAGAUCCUGGACAGCACAGAUGAUGAGACCUUGUCUCCCUUUGACACCAUAAUGGACGCAGAGCUGCUGACCUCGCCUCGGGAGCGGGAAAAUCCCUCGUUUCAGAAGUUUCUCAGCUUAUCCCGGCCAUCCCUUGAGCGUGAGAGCCCUGCCCUGGAGCAGCCCAAGGGUCUCAGGCCUCUGAGCGGCAGCAACGUCUCUGUGGUUGGGAAGACUGACACAGACCUGGUUUGGGACCGUGCUGCUCACAGCCUCGAGGACCCAGCACUACCAAAGAAGCAAGUCUGCAGCGCCCCCAGGGUAGAGAGGAAGCUGGGCCGGCACCGGGCCCGAGAGCAGCCCCUGCCGCAACGUAGCGAUGGGGAGGAAGAGGAGGAGGAGGCUGCUUUGAGCCCAGAGCUAGACAGCGGCGUAGAGGCCACAGAGUUUUGCGUGAGCGGGGCCAGAGCAGCACUGGAGGAGCGUGAAGACCCCUGUAUCAUCAAUACAGGUGAUGUGUCCCUGAGUGAGCUGGUGAAGUCCAUGCACCCGUACUGUCUGCCCACCUUCACUGUGUGCCUGGACCCUGAGAGUGAGCCCGUGGCCAAGGAGCUCCUGAAUGGUCCCGUCUUGCUGGAAAUUGUGCCUGGUGAGGGGGAGAGCGUGGAGAUCCCUGUGGUCCUGCAGCCGUUGGCCCCUAGCUUUCCUGAGCUGGAACCACAGCUCCUGGGAGCAGAGGAGAGUGCUGAGGUGUCAAUUUUGGAGGAUCACAAGGGGCUGCAAGAAGUCCCUGCCCAAGAAAACAAGCUGGAGGAGGGAGAGGAGAAGAGGCCGCUUGGGAAGGAGCCCUCCUGCACAACCGCAGAGAGCAAGUUGCCACCGGAGACAGCAGCACCUGGACCCUGUCUCCCAGAGAGCGGCUCCCAGGGCAGCACUGAGGCUCUGGCUGGUGGGAAGCGCGAGGGCUCUGAGAAGGGCCGUGGACGCGAAAGAGCAAGGAAGAGUCGGAAAAAGAAAGCAGAGGAAGCCCAAAGCGAGCAGGCCAGGCCGGGCAGGGACUGUGUGGCCCACCGGCUCCGCUCGGCCAGCUCCACACGGCCCCUGGGCCAGCCGCCCGCCAGCCAGCGCCGGGCAGCGCGACCCUCUGUCCAGGUCUCAGACUUCCUGGCCCAGCAGCUAGAGCGAGCCAGGAAAGAGGGACAGAUGGAGCUGCGUGCUGACCGAGCCCCACGGCCCCGGGGCAGACCCCGAAGCACGGCGGGGGCCUCCCUACCUAAAAAAGAGCACCUGGAGUCUCAGAAGGAGCUGGAGCCAGAAGCAGCGAGUGUAGUGCUGGCUGCGGGGUGGGAUGAGGGCAAGAAUGACGCGCAGCCAGCUGUCAGUCAAGACAGCAGGAACGCGGAGGCUGUGUCUCCGCCCCCCAGUGGGGAGCAGAGUGUGGGGAUGGAGCCCCCCCAGAGCCUGCAGGCAGCCGAGCCGGGCGAGGGCCUGCCCAAGGAAGCCAAGCCCAAGGCCCUGAGCCUGCGGGAGUACCGCAUGCGCAUGCUGCACCGCCAGCCCAGCCCAGGCAGCAGGAAGGACAGCGAGAAGCAGGUGGCCAGCAAGUGGCCCAGCAUCCCAGAGCCACCGACUGAGCUGGCAGAGAUCCCCUGCCUGGUGUCGCCCGUGUGCCCGGCCGCUGAGACAGUCAGCACCCAGAAGAGCCCGGAGAAACCUGCCAGCCCUGUUGCUGUCCCUUGUGCCAGCAAAGCUCCCACCGCUCCAGCUCCCCCCCCGGCUGCCUGUACCCAGCCCCUGGAGGAGCCCUUGGCUCCAGCCUCCACCCAGCUCACAAAGGCCCCCCCAGCUGUCAUCUCUAGCCCUACCGAGGUGUCCCCUGCCGCUGUCCCUGUUGCGGAGUCUCCUGUCCUCCACCCCAUGGAGGAAGCUGCAGGGCCAGGCAAGGGGCCAGCGGAGAAGGCCCCGCUGGAGACCAAGGCAGCUGCCCAGCAGGAGCCCCCCAGCCACAAGACCGUCUCCCAGGCCACAGCAGCACCACUAAAAGCAGGUCGAGAGAGCAGCCUGCCUGCCAGGGCACCUCCUGCGCGGCCGUGGAGACAUCAGCCGCUCAUCAGCCUAGUGCAGCCCAGUGACAGCAGCAAGGACAUCGUGCAAGCCUUCAUCAGUGAGAUUGGCAUCGAAGCCACCGACUUGUCCAGCCUGCUGGAGCAGUUCGAGAAGUCUGAAGUCAAGAAGGAAGAGACUCCUGUGCAGCCCCCUGAGGACAGGCGGCCGGUGACAAGCUCUGGAUCCGAGAACCAGCAGGACAGGAAGCCCCCAGACAGCCUGCAGGCCUCCGAGCUGGCCAACGUGGCAGGCCUUACCCCACCAGCGACGCCUCCCCACCAGCUCUGGAAACCGUUGCCUGCUGUCUCGUUGCUGGCCAAGACCAAAUCGCCUGGGUCUGCGCCCCAGGAAGGCACCCAGAAGACCGCCAAGCUCACGAAAGCCAAACAGCUGCCCCAGAGCAAGCUCCGGGGGAAGAGCCCAGCGCCUGCCCCACCUGGCUCAACCCCUAGCCACGUGUGCUCGGGAGACCACGACUACUGCAUCCCGAGUACAGCGCGGCCGGAGAGCAGCACUGGCACGCAGCCCCUUGCUGAAAGCGGCUCCCGCUGGAAUGUCAAACACCACCGGGACAUCACUAUCAAACCCAUCUCCUCCUUAACCAAACGGACGCUGGACCAGCCCAAGCCCACCCCUCCAGCCCCCACCACUGCUGUGGGGCCCAGCCAGGAGCCCCUGGGGAAGGCCUGCCUAGCCCCCCUGGAUUAUCGGACUAGCGUCCCCAGCAAGGCCAUCACUGGGUGCAGCAGCCCCCCCACCUCGGUGCUCCUGUCUCCAGCCGCAUCCCCCUGCCGGGACCAGGAGAUGCGGACUUCCAGUGCCCAGCCCAGCCGUGCUGCUGCCAAGAGGUCCUUGCGCUGCUACCGGAGACCCCGGGACUCCCCCAGCCCCUCUGCUGGCAGCUGGAGGGCUGGCAGAAGCCGUGCCAGCCGCUCUUUCAGCUCCAGUUCAGAUGGAGCUAGUGAGUCCUCGUCUUCAUCUUCAUCCUCAUCUUCCCGAUCUCGGUCAAGGUCAUUCUCCCCACCACCCAAGCGGUGGAGAAGGUACCGCUCAAGAUGCUCCCACAGCUCCUCCUCCCGCUCCAGCUGUGGGUCGUGUGGCAGGUCCCGGGACAGGUCCUCAUCCUCCUCCUCCUCAUCCUCCUACUCAUCCAGGUCUACGUCCCGCAGCCAGUCCCGGUCCCGCUCCCCCUCUCCUCGCAGGAGGAGUAACAGGCGGAGAAGAUACAGUUAUGACGGGCAGGACCACUACCAAAGGCAGAGGAUCCUCCAGAAGGAACGUGCAAUAGAGGAGCGGCGAGUUGUGUUCAUUGGCAAGAUCCCCAGCAGGAUGACGCGGUCGGAGCUGCGGCACCGUUUCUCCGUGUUUGGGGACAUUGAGGAGUGCACCCUGCACUUCCGCUCCGAGGGGGACAACUACGGCUUUGUCACCUACCGCUAUGCUGAGGAGGCCUUUGCCGCCAUUGAGAGCGGGCACAAGCUGCGGCGCCCGGACGAGCAGCCGUUUGACCUGUGCUUCGGCGGCCGCCGGCAAUUCUGCAGGAGGAACUACGCCGACCUGGGUGAGUCGCAGCAGCCCCCAAGCUGGGGGAGGCACCCCAGAUCCCUGUCCCUUUCCUGCAGCCCCUGGCUCCUUCCUGGAUACCCAGGGCAAGUGGUGAGGGCAGCUGGGCCGUGUCCAUCCUGGUUGUCUGCGCUGGCUCGCUGUUAG